ACCAAUGCCCAUCCCUUAGGAAAAAAAAUCACACAGGCGAACGACGGCAAGAAAAAUAGACAGGGAAAAGUGGUGAGGGAAGCAGCAGCAGAGCGCCAGAUGUAACUUUUGGAUUCCGCGAAGGGAGCAAGUCUGAUACCAAAGUAUACUGAAGGGACUUCGAAAUGACCUUUUAAGGUGACUUAAAUUUGCAAAAGAAAUGUGUUCUUCAUGCAAUCAAAGCAAACCCUUGGAAGAUGGACGCAUACAGCCUUUGCACAGACUAGUAGAGUAGAAGCCAUGCCACUCCACAAGUCCUCCCGGGCUCCUCGCCUGGAACGUACCAUGAUCUCGGCUCCGCUUGAUGACUUCCGUCACACCAUGCACAUCGGGAGAGGAGGCGAUGCCUUUGGCGACACCUCCUUCCUGUCUACACACGGACCCGGUGACAACAACACCACCACCACCAGCAGCAGCAGCUCCGACCUUGGCGCUCCAGGGAACAUGACGGCUGUGGACUCCAAGAUACCAAAUAUCAACCAGGGCGAGAAUUCAACAGAUAGCAUGGAAGUCUCAGAGUACAACGAUCUCUCCAGGGAUCACUCAGAGUCGGUGUCUUCAUUCACCUUGGACCUGGACUUGGGUCCCUCGAUCAUGGGGGACGUCCUGGGGGUGAUGGACGGGCUGGGUCUGGACUCCAAUGAGGAGGAUGUGUUCAGUCCCAGCAACAAUACGUCAUUAUCAGAGAUGAAGUCGGGACGAGGGGCGUGCGAGGACCUGUCGGUGUGCGCGCUGAAUGAGGUCAACGGAGAGGAGCUUGUUGGAUCGGAGGAGAAGCAGACGAGAGAUACCGGAGAUGGCUCUCAAGCAGAUGGGAAUUGGAGUAAAACGAAGGGGCUGCGACCAAAGGUGAGGUUUAGCGACAAGAGAGAGGAGAUCAUUCGCCAGGCAUCUGAGGAGGAAGAGGGUCAAGGGUUUACCUUUCAAGAAGAAGAAGAUGAGCUGGGCCCUGAGACCCCAACCAAAGGGGAGAAGGGAGCAAACGUUGGGGGUGCAGGAGAGACAGAGUGGACCACACGCAGGGCAGACGUGCCACCCAGCCCUGCCUCUUCACACAGCUCAGACAACAAUGAAUCAAGCCCCUUACAUUGCAGAAGGGUUGAAACCAGCAAUUUCGGGACUGACUCUGAUGAGGAGGAGGAGGAAGUGGGGGAUUGCGGAAGGGGCUAUACGUUUGAAGAUGAGUUUGAUGAUGAAAUUGGUCUAUAGGAGACAACUGGGGGAUUAUAUAUUGUUUCAAUUCAAGAUGAAACAUAAGAGUCAUAUGUCAUUAUUCCGGUGUCCCAAAAAGGGGAUACAAACACAAACUGACUAUGUUUAUUUUAUGAGAUAGGACAAGACUGAAUUCAGGUUGGACAGUUGAAUCACAUAAGUUUAACAACUGGAAAACUGACUCAUGUUAUAUCUGCAUUUAAAGACGUUCAAACUGUUACAAUCUGCCCAAAGAUAUAUUGCUUUGGUUGUUACCAAUAAAAGGCUUAUAGCACUUUGAUAAUGUUGAAACCUGAAUGCUUUAUGGUAGAAAGUGGAAAUUGGCCGACUGUGAUGUAUUCUGUGUCAUUGAAAGGCUAUUUUGAAAAUGGUAGUGUAAUGCGAUGUCUAAAGUUGUUAGUUUUUGUACAAAAGUGCCUUAAUAGGAUACAUUAUUCUGUAUUCAUGUCUUAUAACAAUAUUGUUUUUUCCAUCCUGCAUGUUUUUUUACAAUCAGUUAUAUACCAUGACGUUGCAUAAUCUAUAAUCAAAAUGUUCUGAAACCAAAAUUGUUAAGGAAAUACUUCUCCAUUUAUCAAUAAUAACUGAAGUACAUACCACGUUAAUAUCUGCUUACCAAACGUAGCUUAUUUUAAUAGUCUGAAUCGGCAGUUUAAAUGAUUGUAUAAUACCAUAGGCCAACAUAUCAAAUGGUUAAUAUUUCUUUCCUGACCUUUGGAAUUUGCAGUGGGAUGAUCUAACGGCUUUGACCUGUCUGUGUUUGUAGCUUGUCGUUCCAGAAUGUGAUGGGCCUUCCUACUUUUACAUGCCAAUGUAAUCCAUCUAUUAAAGUGUUUACAAAUGCUGUUAAUGGGAGACCUUAAUAAAAACCUCAUUUGUUUUUUAUGUCGGGCAGAUGACUAACUAGAACCUGUUCUCUGGUGAAGACCUUGUUCACACUGCUGGAUUUGAUAAAAUGAAUAAAACUAUGUACAUGAUUAUCACCAUGAAUCAUUCGUUUUGUGACCUUUGAGCUUGGCCUCCGGCUUGUAUUCUCUUCGCAGAUACUUAACCUUUAAUAGAAUACUAGUAUGAGUGUGUUCUUAGCCUGGGCCUUGGUGAACAACAUUGUUUAGAACCCGUUAAAAUACUAGUCUGUUUAAGACACACAAUAGAGAAGUUUACUAUGGAACAAUAUGUUUUUUAUUUUGCGCAUGCAAUUUUGAAUGCAUUUCAUAUCAGUUCACGUCAUCUGUAAAAGUACAGACUCAGAUCAAUAGGAGAUACAACCCAGCUUUAGGCUUUUCUAGAAAA